AAAACCAGUAACAGUAAUUCUGAUGUGACGUGAACAUAUACAAUUCUCCUAAAAUUAAUAUUUUAUAAUAUAUUACGUAGUAAUAUAUUAUAUUACUACGUAUAUUACUACUAAUAUAUUACGUAGUAAUAUAUUAGUAGUGGCAGCUUUUUGUACGUCACUGAAGCGCACGCUGAUUUGACGCCGGCCAGUGACGUACGUUGUGGGUGUGUCCGGCCUCACACGAAGAGAAACCAACACAACACAAGCGAGAGUGAGUUGCAGGCCAAGGACAGCUGAUCAUGUCUUCUCCAGAAAUAUCAUCUUUAUCCUGGGGCCACAUGAAGGUCAAAGGUUGCUCCACAUCCUACAAAGACUGUAAAGUGUGGCCUGGUGGCAGCCGAGCCUGGGACUGGCGUGAAACUGGUACAAGUCAUUAUCCAGGCGUCCAGCCGGCCGACCUGGAAGACGUCCUGAGGACAGGAGUGCAGACGCUGGUCAUAGGACGAGGGAUGAAUGAAGCUCUACAGGUGCCCCCGACCACCCUAGAUUACGUGAAGAAGCUGGGCGUCGACGUGAGGGUGUUUCAGACCGAGCAGGCCGUUAAAGAAUAUAACGCUCUGGUGGAACAGGGAGCUAAAGUGGGCGGGGUCUUCCACUCUACCUGCUGAUCACAUCAUUAACACAACCAGCUAAUUCAUUUUAUGGGUUGUUUAAAGUGCCUUACAUUCCAAAUGAACAUUGCUUUCUUAAUAGACGCUUCAUAAUUUGCACUCUGAGCAUAUUUUUUUCCUUUGGUGAAAAUGUUAUUUGCUUUCUAAUCAUUAAAUGAUUAUUCUUUGGAUGAAGGCUGUGAAAAUACCCCAUUAUCACACACAGCAAAUGAACAAAAAACAUUUAUUUCAGAUAAAAUGUAAUUGUGAAAACA